CCUGGGAGAAGGAGAGGUGAUGGUGGGGCGGGUGCAGCCAUGAGAGAUGGUACUGAGGAGUUUCCAAAGAGAUCCUGAUCAGUGGUAAAGGGACUCGGAAGGAUUCGUUCUUGUCUCCCAUCCAUGAACUCCUCACCAUCCCUGUUAUUCCUGGUGGACCCUGGGCAUCUCUGGGGAGAGUGGGUAGAUGAUUGGAGGAAGUCAACGGGACUGAGGGGGCUAAGGGCCUGGCAGGGUACAGAGGAGCUAGCCUUUGGAGGGGCUGCAGCAUUGGUAAGGAAAGCCCCCCAGUUUAGUUCUGGGUUUCAGGUCUCCUAAGGGAAGAAAGCUGAAAGAGUCUGAAAAUACUGCUGCUGCUGUUGCUGUUGCCGCAUAUUUUGCAAUUGGGUCUGUGGGCAGGAAUGGGCCCUGUGGCCCAGUUAGGAAAUUAGUCUUUCUGUUCAGCCAGAUCCCCUUAAGACAGAUCAGUUGGCAGUGAUGAGGGCGCUAUAUUGCGCAGGUCCGUCUGAUGCUGCUGAUCUUGGAGACAGACUCCAGUAUUCAGGCUGAGUGUGUUCAGGGUGUCAGGAGACCCUUGGUCCCCCACCCUCAUGCACGUGUCCGCUCUCACUCUCCAGGUCCUUGCAAUGACCACUAACACUACAUCUCCUGUAGCACUCUCCUCAGGUGGUGCCAUGUUCAUCCCUCUGCUGGCUAUCAUCCUACUGUCAGUGGCGCUAGCUGUGGGGCUUCCUGGCAACAGCUUUGUGGUGUGGAGCAUCCUGGUAAAGAUGCGGAAGCGCUCUGUCACUGCCCUGCUGGUGCUGAACUUGGCCGUGGCUGACUUGGCCGUGGUGCUUACUGCCCCCUUUUUCCUCGACUCCCUGGCCCGAGGCACCUGGAUUUUUGGACUAGCUGGCUGCCGUCUAUUCCACUAUGUCUGCGGAGUCAGCAUGUAUGCCAGCGUCCUGCUUAUUACAGCCAUGAGUCUGGACCGCUCGCUGGCGGUGGCCCGCCCCUUUCUGUCCCAGAAGCUGCGCACCAAGGUGACUGCCUGUUGGGUGCUGGCAGGCAUCUGGGUGGCGUCCUUUCUGCUGGCCACGCCUGUCAUCAGGUACCGCAAGGUGACCUUGAUACAGAACAGGAGCUUGAUAUGCUUCCCAAAGUACGACAGCGAAGGACACAGGGCCUUCCACCUGCUCUUCGAGGCCAUCACCGGCUUCCUGCUGCCCUUCCUGGCCGUGGUGGCCAGCUACUCCGACAUCAGGCGCAGGCUGCAGGCCCGGCGCUUCCGCCGCAGCCGCCGCACCGGUCGCCUGGUGGUGCUCAUCAUCCUGGCCUUCGCCGCCUUCUGGUUGCCCUACCACGUGGUGAACCUGGCCGAGGCAGGCCGCGCGCUGGCCGGCAAGGGCGCCAGGGAGGGGCCCGAUGGGGAGCGGCUGUUUCUGGCCCGUCAGGUGCUCAUCGCCUUGGCCUUCCUGAGCAGCAGCGUGAACCCCGUGCUGUACGCAUGCGCCGGUGGUGGCCUGUUGCGCUCGGCCGGCGUGGGCUUCGUCGCCAAGCUGCUGGAGGGCACCGGCUCCGAGAUGGCCAGCAGCCGCCGCGGGGGCACCCUGGGCCAGACGGUGAGGGGUGCCCCCACCUCCCUCGAGCCUGGCACCUCGGAUAGCCUCACUGUCUCCACCAACCCUCUCCAAUGAAGCGAACUCAACUGCGCCUGGGGGUGGUGGUGAUGGCAGAACGCCCCCAUGCCGGCCUGACACAAUUUUGUACCCCAGGAGGAGAACGCGUAUGGGGGGUGGAGUGGAAGAAGAGGGAGGGGAGGGCCAAGUAAGGGCAGAGUGAGAGCCUGGCUCCUGAGGCAGCUUAAUAAUUAAAACUGAGGUCUGAGAUUGGGUCAACUCGGUAUGUGGGGCGUGUGUAUUAUGGGGGCUUGGGGUGCUCAUGGGCGCCCUUGUGGGGGACCCUCUCAAUGGUUGAGAGUCACAUCCUUUAGUUUCCCAUGAUUUUCAGUUGUGGAAGGGACACAAAGACAUAGAAAUCAGAUCCCCCUACCCUCCCCCAUUCUGCAGCAAGCUGUCUGCCCAUCAUACUUAGAACCACACAGGUCUGCAGAUGCCUGAAGGAGCUGACCAAGGAAGACCACCCAUGUGGGCUCAUCACUCCAGACUCCCUGACUCAGUGGACCUUCCGAGAAAACUUAGCCCUGCUGUGGGACAUCUUCCCUGAAGCCUGUGAUGGGUAUAAUUGUUACUGUGACUCCAACUUCCUGCCAGUAGUCUUCGUCCUCUCAGUGGGAGAUGUUCUCGGGGAUUGUCUCCCUUCCCUCCAUCUCCCAAGGAGGCCUCGCUUGAAAGCCAAGUCAUCGGGGGGCUGGCCUGGUGGCACAAGUGGUUAAGUGUGCGCGCUCCGCUGCGGCAGUCUGGGGUUCGCUGGUUCGGAUCCUGGGUGCACACUGACGCACCGCUUGUCGAGCCAUGCUGUGGCAGCGUCCCAUAUAAAGUGGAGGAAGAUGGGCAUGGAUGUUAGCCCAGGGCCAGUCUUCCUCAGCAAAAAAGAGGAGGAUUGGCAGAUGUUCUUCAUCUGCCAUAUUCCACACACACACACAAAAAACCCAAGUCAUCAGAUCUCAUUCCCUAGAAUUUGGCACAUCAGCAUUCCGCCAGCCCCCAAAAGACACUCUGGCACAGGGUGGGGCAGAGGGCUGUGUGACCUGAUCACCCUUAUGAAAUGAAGAGUCCCAAAAGCGAGAGAUGAGUCAUUCUUUCCUGAGUGACUGUUGUCUUGGAGAGCCUUGAACUGGCUCUGUUCUGACAGUGUUUAGGAAGAUGGUAGCAGCAGUGGCAGCAGUGUACUUUCUGAAUCUCUCCCAUAAGAAAAGAAAGAGCAACUAGGAGAAAACCCAAAAAUCCAUAUGCAACAUCUUCGACAAACCUAGGGUGGUGCGUUAUCCCCUAUGGACCCCAAAAUAUUAGGAGGUGGGAAUGAACCAUGGAUGCUUCAAAACCUACAUAAUAUCAGCAUCUGUGCAGAAGGAUGCAGAAGGAAGCAAGAGUGCAUCUGAGAGACCUGAGAACAGGAGAACCCCAAAACUGUCUACAGGUCCUUGCUGGAAAGCAUGGUGGGUCAAUCUGAGAACAGCAGCUGAAACAGGGAGGGAUCCAACAGAUUAUUUCCCAGGCCUCCCUCCCAUGCUGCAUAGUAAGCACAGAGUGGUUCUUGUUUAGUGUUUGUUGAAUGAAUAAAGGUCAAAUGACAUUUUC